AUGGAUCAUAGUAGCUCGUUUCCUAUUGAUUUGAUCUACAUUGUAGUUGCUGGUGUCGGUGGUCAAUCACCAAGUGCCACUCCCACUAAAGCACCCCCGGCAUCGACUACGCCUUCUACUACACCCGCUACUGCUCCUAUGAGUAAAUCUAAGUCACUAGCUCCCACUGUUGCUCCAACUGCUUCACCACCAACUUUUUCACCACCAGAUGCUGCUCUGUCAAAGUCUGCGGCGAUUCUAGCUCCAUCAAAAUCUUCUCCAGCUUCUUCCCCUCCGACUAUUGCUCUAGUGAGUACUCCACCAGCUCCAAUUCCUGUGAGCCCUCCUCCAGCCAAAUCGCCACUGGCUGUUGCACCAACAACUCCUCCAAAGAGCUUGGCCUCUCCUCCUGCUCCUAUUGCGGCUCCAACAACUGCCGAGGUUCCUGCACCAGCUCCAAGCAAGAGCAAGAGCAAGAAGAAGUCAAAGAAACACAGUGCUCCUGUUCCUUCACCUAAUAUGCUUAGACCUUCUGCUCCACCAACUAGCGCUCUAGGACCUAGCCUUGAUGCGUUGUCUCCCGGUCCUUCUGUCACCACCGAUGAGAGUAGAGCAGAGAGCAUCAAGGGCUUGCAGAAGGUAAUUGGUGGAUUGGCUUUAAGAUGGGCAGCCAUUGGGUUGAUCUUCUAGAGAAGAGAUUUGGAUUCAGUAUUUAUUAUUAUUAUUUUAUUUCCUCUAUGUAUCACAUUUGGUUAUCAUCAUAUAUUUAUUUUACUCCAUUUUGCUUCCUUAUAAAUACUACUACUACUUGCCUUA